AUGAAGUUCUCCAGUGCCCUUCUCUUCUUGGCUUCCUCUUCCACAGCCUUUGGAUUCUCACCGUCGUCGUCGACGACAUCUUUUGCUUCUCCCCAAUCAGCACUUUUUGCCUCGUACAAGGUUUUCAUCGAUGGUGAAGCUGGUACUACCGGUCUUCAAGUCCGAGAGCGAUUGGAAAAGCGUGAAGAUUUGGAAAUCAUCUCGGCACCCUUUGAAUUGAGAAAGGAUGAAGAUACUCGCAAGUCACUCAUCAAUGAAGCCGACGCAGUCAUUCUCUGCCUUCCAGAUGCGGCAUCUAUUGAAGCUGCUUCUUGGGUCGAAGCCGACAAUGAUCGCACUGUGAUCAUCGAUGCUUCAACUGCUUUCCGUGUCGAUAAGGACUGGGACUAUGGAUUUCCAGAACUCAGCAAGGAACAAUACACAAGCUUGACCAAGAGUAAGCGCAUUGCCAACCCUGGGUGCUACCCAACUGGAUUCAUUGGCUUGACUCGUCCUUUGGUCGACGCUGGAAUCAUCCCCAAGGGAACUCCAUUGACGGUCAAUGCCAUUAGUGGAUAUUCGGGCGGUGGUAAGGGACUCAUGGAAAUUUUCGAGGGCGAAGACCACGAACCAUGGAGUGGAUACGGCUUUUCAUUGGCCCACAAGCAUUUGCCCGAAAUGGCCGAAUAUUCCCUAUUGGGCAAGAAGCCAAUCUUUCAACCACAAAUUGGUAGCUUUCCCCAAGGUAUGGUCGUUCACGUCCCACUUCACUAUGAAUGGUUGAAGGCUGGAACAACCGGACAAGACAUUCAUGAUGCCCUUACCAAGCACUACGAAGGCAGCAAAUUUGUUUCCGUGAUGCCCCUUGGAGAAGGGGCUGUCAAGGAAGCCGGUCUUUUGGAACGUGGUGGAUUCUUGCGACCAGAUACACUGGCCAACACGAACAAGAUGGAACUAUUUGUUUUCCCCAAUGAUGAUUCCGGUGCCGUGCUACUGUGCGCUCGUCUCGACAACCUUGGAAAGGGAGCUAGUGGAGCGGCUGUGCAAAACUUGAAUAUUGCUUUGGGCAUUGACGAAACUACCGGCCUUUAA